CUCUGCCCUACCCAAAAAAAAAACGAACGACUGCAUCCUGCGCACUGCCUUGGCGGCGUCUCAUCUUCUACCUCUGCUUCGGCCCAGCCGCUUCGGUGAACUCGCCGGAAUAUUCCUCUAUUCUCCCAAACCCUAAAUCCAGGACUAAUGGGGAAAGAAAACCAAGUGUCUGAUAUGCAAAUCGACGAUCAAAAAUCGAAUUCUGAUCAUGCCAACCCCAAAUUCUCAAUCAAUGUGCUGCAGCUCUUGAAGUCUGCGCAAAUGCAGCAUGGAUUACGACAUGGUGAUUACACGCGCUACCGGAGGUAUUGCACUGCUCGAUUGAGGCGGUUGUACAAGUCUCUGAAAUUUACUCAUGGUCGUGGUAAAUACACCCGAAGAUCCAUUACCGAAUCUACUGUGACAGAAGUGAGGUUUCUGCAUCUCAUUCUAUAUACAGCAGAAAGAGCUUGGAGUCAUGCCAUGGAGAAAAGACAGCUUCCAGAUGGUCCAAAUGCACGCCAACGGAUCUACCUGAUUGGUAGGCUGAGGAAGGCAGUAAAAUGGGCUACUCUAUUUUCACAAUUGUGUGCAAUUAAGGGAGAUUCCAAAACAUCUUUAGAAGCUGAGGCCUAUGCCUCCUAUAUGAAAGGGACUUUGUUGUUUGAACAAGACCAGAAUUGGGAUACAGCACUAAAACUUUUUAAGAGUUCCAGAGCUGUCUAUGAGGAACUUGGGAAAUACGGAGACCUGGAGAAUCAAGUUUUGUGCCGUGAACGUGUUGAGGAGCUAGAACCAAGUAUUCGAUAUUGCCUCCACAAAAUAGGUGCAUCAAAUUCACUAACUCCUGAACUCCUACACAUGGAAGGGCCUGCACUGGAUCUUUUCAGAGCUAAAUUGGAGGCUGUUAUGGCAGAGGCAAGGUCUCAACAGGCUGCAUCUAUGACAGAGUUUCAUUGGCUUGGUCACAGAUUUCCAAUUUCUAAUGCGAAAACUCGGGUUUCCAUUUUGAAAGCUCAAGAUUUGGAGAAAGAUCUUCAUGGUCCAGCAGCAGACUCACUUCCAGCAGAGAAAAAACUUGCCAUUUUUGACAAAAUUUUUACUGCAUAUCAUGAGGCCAGGAGUUCCAUCCGCAAUGACUUGGUCACUGCAGGCAGUGCUGGAAACAUGAAAGAUGACUUAAAUGGCCUUGAUAAGGCUGUUAGUGCUGUCUUAGGUGAAAGAACCAUUGAACGGAACCAGUUGUUGAUUCGCAUUGCUAAAAGUAAACUCACUAAGCAAGAAAAAAAUGAGAAAGCGACAAAGCCUGAAGAGCUUGUUCGGUUGUAUGAUCUUUUAUUACAGAAUGUUGCUGAUCUCUCUGAUUUAGUUAGUUCUGGAAGAGACAGAAAACCAGAAGAAGUGUCAUUUACUGAGGAGUGUGCUCUUAAAAGUUUGGCUUUCCGAGCAGAAAGGUGCUUUUACUUGGCAAAGUCAUACAGUUUGGCUGGAAAGAGGACAGAAGCAUAUGCAUUAUAUAGCCAUGCCCGCUCUCGUGCAGAUGAUGCCCUGCAAAAACUUCAAGCUUCAAGUAACAAUGAUCAGACUCUGAUCAAGGGGUUGAAGAUGUUAUAUAAUGACUGUAGAUCAAACAGUUGUAUAGAGCAUGCCACGGUGAUUAUGGAGGAGGAGAAGGCUCCAGAGAAUCUCUCACAGAAAAUUUCUAAUAUAUCAUUGGCUGGAGCUCACAAAAAGGUGGAGACGUCUCUGAUUGAGAAACUGGAUGUCUACGAGUCGGCGGUGGGUGCAUCAAACGUGAAAAGUGUUCCUCGCAUUGAAGCCUUCCCACCAGCCUUCCAAACGAUCCCUCGCAACCCCAUUGUUUUGGACAUUGCCUACAAUUUUGUUGAUUUCCCAUCCCUAGAAAACAGGAUGAAGAAAGACAAGAAGGGCUUCAUUAGUCGGCUUUGGCGAUGAGGACUGGCAGUGGGUGGGUAUUCACACCUCACGUCCCAUACUUCAUUAUACAGAAAUAUGAGGAAGUCUUGUAACAGUGUCCAUUGAUUAGUGCUUGGUAUUCGGUUUUUGAAUUUUGGAUUACUCAUGCUGAGAAAAAAGUAAGAGUAAAAUUGACAUUUUUCUGGAUAUAGAUAAGCUUUUGGCCUUUUGGCUUUACUAUCUUAGUUGUUGAAAUGAUCAUGCAAUAACCUUCCCAGUUGCCACCCAAUUUUUAUUUAUUUA